UCUGGGUAUUUCCCUUUCCCCGCCUCCAAGCCAAAGAGCGAGACGAGAGAAAACUCCAAAAGGAUUGGGAAGGAUUUGAAAAUCCCCGCGACGGCUUGGGGCUCGUUCUCGCGAGAUCUCCGCCUUGCUCGCAGUUCUCCCCUUUCUGCCUGCCGGUGAGGGCUCUCGCGAGGGGGUUGGUUGGGUCGAGGGGUGGGAGGAAUCCAGCCAGCCAGCGGGGGACGGACCAGGCCCGGCUUCGCAGAGCCCUCCUUUCCUUUGGCGGAAAAAUAUGCCGCUCUCCUGACCCGAAGGCCGGCGUCGUGAGGGCAGCAGAGGCGCUGACAGCCCGCUUCGGGAGCAGUGAAGGAUGAGAGACCUCAGAGCUCAUGUAACAAGCAGUCUACUGCAGUUUCCAGAAGUGACUGUACAGGCACUUGGAGAAGAUGAGCUAGCAAUAGAAUGUGUGCUUCAUGGAAAAUUCACUGGAGGACGAAGUGGACUAGCUUGCUUAGCAUGUGGGCCUCAACUUGAGAUAGUAAAUGCAGUCACUGGAGAACGGUUGUCUGCAUAUCGUUUUAGUGGUGUGAGUGAGCAGCCUCCUAUCAUUCUUACAGUGAAAGAUUUUUCCUGGCAGAAAAGAACUGGAUUGCUUGUUGGUUUGGAAGAAACAGAAGGGAGUGUGUUGUGUUUGUAUGAUCUUGGAAUAUCAAGAGUAAUUAAAGCAGUAGUUUUUCCUGGAAGGGUCACUGCCAUAGAACCCAUAAUUAACCAUGGAGGAGCCAGCUUGACAACGCAACACUUGCACCAAAGUCUCAGGUGGCUGUUUGGUGUGGCUGCUGUGGUUACAGAUGUUGGACAUGUCUUUCUGAUAGAUCUUUGUCUAGAUGACUUGUCAUGUAGCCAAAAUGAAAUAGAAGCAUCUGAUCUAGAAAUCAUCACUGGAAUCUCUCCUGAAAUCCCACAAACAAGGGAAACUACAACAAGAAAUGGUCGGCAUCUCUGUUUCCAGUUAUUGAAACCUUCAGGGAGCGCUGUGACAACUCUCUCAUACAUUCAUAGGACUAACCAGUUAGUUGUGGGAUUUUCUGAUGGAUAUCUCUCAUUGUGGAACAUGAAAACCUUGAAGAAAGAAUACCACUCCCAGUUGGAAGGAGGUAGAAUUCCUGUAAUAGCUGUUACUUUUCAAGAACCUGAAAAUGAUCCCCGCAAUUGUUGUUACUUGUGGGCUGUUCAGUCAACGCAAGAAAGUGAAGGAGAUAUUCUUAGCUUGCAUCUACUGCAGUUGGCUUUCAGUGACAGAAGGCGUUUGGCAUCAGGGCAAAUUAUGUAUGAGGGUUUGGAAUACUGUGAAGAAAGAUACACUUUGGACCUCACAUGUGGAAUUUUAUCUUUGAGGGGACAGAGUAGCAACACCAAAUUAAUUGGCUGCCAAACUGUAGAAAAAUUUCGAAGCCAUGUCGAUAGGGAAGAUGGCAUGAAUGAAGUCAUAUCACCUGACACAAGCGUGUCUGUCUUCAGCUGGCAAGUGAACACCUACGGUCAAGGCAAACCAAAUACUUAUUUAGGUAUAUUUGACAUAAAUCGUUGGUAUCAUGCUCAGAUGCCAGAUUCAUUAAGGCCAGGGGAAUUUCUACAUAAUUGCCCCUACUUUGCAUUGUGGUCCUUGGAUACUAUAGUAAGCAUGACUUCUCCACAUCGGAUUUUGGAUGUCUUAGUACACGAACGGAGCUUUAGUCGUGGUGUGCCUCCUUCAUAUCCUCCACCUGAACAGUUUUUUAACCCAAGCACCUACAACUUUGAUGCUACUUGUCUGCUGGAUUCUGGAGUUGUUCAUCUGACUUGCACAGGGUUUCAGAAAGAUACUUUGCAUUUCUUAAAAAAAUCUGCUUCCUUUUUAAAUGAAGCUAUUCCUGAUGGUUAUAACAGAUGUCUGGUAGCAGGUUUGCUUUCUCCAAGAUUUCUUGAUGUACAGCCUUCAAGUCUGACUCAGGAAGAGCAGUUUGAAGCUGUGUUGUCAGCUGCUAUCCAAACCAGUUCUCUGGGACUCCUCACUAGUUGCAUCAAACAGUGGACUGCUGAAGAACAACCAGAUUCUGCCACUAACUUGCAUUUUGUUCUUGAAUGGACAUGGAAUAAAGUGGUGGACACAAAAGAAGAUUUUGUUCGUCUUUGUAUACCGUUGUUUGAUGGAUCAUCAAACUUCAUUGACCCACAAACUCUGCAGUCUCUACAACACUGUGAGUUGCUUCUUAGCAACCUUAGCACAGUUUUGAACUGUUUUGUAAUGGAAGCACAAGCCCUGUCGGAAAAAGGCAUUACAAAUCUGACAAGCAAGCAGGUUGUUGCUGGUCUCCUUUCACAGUAUAUGCAAGUGGUCAUUUGGUUUUGUCGAUCUAAUCUUCUUCCAGAAAGUUCAGAUGAAGAUACACCAUUGUCAAAACCUUUCUAUAAUUACCAACAUAUACAACGCUUUUAUGCUGGCUGCCGUCAAAAACUGGAACGCUUAUCCAGAGGCAAAUGGAACCCUGACUGCUUAAUGAUUGAUGGAAUGAUUUCUCAGUUAGGUGAUUCAGUUGUGAACCUGUGGCAGAGAGAUGAUGGGGGAACAGACAAAUAUCCUCCUCCUACAUUACAUGCACUGCUUGAUAUCUACUUGUCAGAAAGUAUCGAAGAACUCUACAAGCAUGCAAUUUCAAUUUAUUUACUAUUGGACAUCAUGCAUUCCUGUCCAAACAGGACUGAUACUUCAGUGGACUCUUUCCCAACUGCUUUUGCAAUUCCUAUAGGUCUGGUUAACCUAAUCCAAGGCUUUUGGUGUUUGGAUCACAACGACUAUGAGAAUUCUCUGGCCUAUCUGUUUCAUCCAGCUACACUCAGAUUGGCUUGGCAGCACACAAGGAUCAUUCAAGCCUUGAUGUGUCAAGGAGAGCACAAGCGAGCUCUCCGAUACAUACAAACAAUGAAACCAUCCAUGAUGAGCGGCAGUGAAGUGAUGCUUCAUCUAACUAUCUUGCUGUUUAACAGUUGUAUGGUGGAAGCUUGGAGUGUAUUGCGGCAACAUUCUACUAGGUUAAACGUAGAGGAAAUGCUCAAACAUAUAUAUGAAAUCUGCCAGGAACUGGGACUCAUGGAGGAUCUGCUGAAAUUGCCUUUCACAGAAACUGAACAGGAAUGUUUGCAGAAAUUUUUGCAGACAAGUGCUGGUGUAAACAAUCACGAGUUCCUCUUAGUACACCACCUCCAGCGUGCCAACUAUAUUCCUGCAUUACAGUUGAACCAGUCAUUGAAACGUAAUCUCAUGAGUGAUCGUGAUCCCCGAUGGAAAGAGAGAUCAGUUGUCAGAAAUUCUAUAUUGGACCAAUAUGGGAAAGUUCUUCCCAGAGUUCAAAGGAAACUGGCUGCAGAGCGAGCCAAGCCCUAUCAUUUGUCAUCUUCAAUACGGCGGGAAAUUAUGAGACCAAAACCUUUGUCAACAGUUGCAAAGCAAGUUGCUGCCGGGAAUGUCAUUACCAAAGCAACUUUCAUCAAUAAUGUUCUAUCCAAAAUUGGAGAAGUGUGGGUGGGAACAGAAGAGAAAAAUAAAUCAUUUCAGAAUGAAAUAACUGAAGAAGCAUUGCCCAGCAUGCCCUCUACUAAUAACGAGUUACUUGAUCCAUUUGUUGGGACACCAGUUACUAAAUCGUUACGAAAAUGUUCCAGAUUGCUUGACUUGGUGGUCCAGCCUGCUUCUCUCGGUUCACCGCCCCUCCGAAGCUCAAGAGUUUCUGAUUCCUGCAUGCUUUCUAGUCCACUUCAUUCCAACCCUCGAUACUCCUUAAGAACAUUACUACCUAAGAACAUUGCAAGAGCACCAGAAUUAAAAUUACUGGAAACACCCCCUGUUGUUAAGAGAGCUAAAGCUUUGACAUCUACAUCUUCCUCUGGCUUCCCUGGUUUCACCCCUCAGUCCAUUUUGAGAUCGAGUCUUCGCACAACUCCUUUGGCUACUCCAACCUCAUCUCCAGGAAGAUCUAUUACACCCCCUGUACGUGCAAAAGAAACAAAAAUAUCAUUUUUAGAAGAAAACAAAGCUUCACAAUGGACUGUUCCAGUUACAGAUUGUAAAGCAAGGCACAGUGCAGUUUCAUCUGAAUAUAACACUGACAUACAACUGGAGGAUAUGUGGACUAAGCAAGGAAAAACUCCCUCCUUCUCUAUGAGCAGUCUCCAUGAAGACCAUGAACAUAGGAACCUAUCUUUAGAAAUUAUACAAGGCGAUCAUUUAGAUAAAACUGACUCCUCAAAAGGAAUUAACACCAUUUGUGUCACGUCUGCACACCCGACUUCAAACUAUUAUGAUUCAAAAUUACCAGUUGACUAUGGGAGUAACGCCUUUGUAGCCUCUCAAACAGUUAAUCUUUUCUCUGAAGACACUGUAAAUAUUCCAAGCUCAGCUGACAGCGAUGACAGUGAGACAGUUGCAAUUGAUCCUUUAGAAAUGGAACAGCAGACAUCUCCAGAAGUAAAACUGUCCAUUGGAUCGCCUGAAAAAAAAUGUGAGACACUUCCUAAGGAUAGAGUACUGGUAAUGGAUCAUUUACAUGCUGUUGAAGACACUGUAGUAUCUUUUGUGCCUCCUAAUGAAAGUGGAUCAGGUGCUGUAGAAACCAGUGUGCUAUCACUGUUAAAAGAAGGGCUCCCGGUUGCGUCAAAUGCCAAAGCCUUGGAGCUAGAUGGAAGAGAUGAAGAAUCUAUCAUCAGUAUUCCUGAUAGUGAUGACAUGGCUAGUAUUCAUUCAAAUGAUGAACUUGAAGUAGUAGCAUUAGAAGAAGACAAAGCAGAAGCUGCCAAAGAAGAAAUUACAGUAGACCUGCAAGAAAAAGCACCACUUGAUAGCGAACCUGAAAUUCAAGACCAGAAAGUCAUUGGAGACAGAAAACAGGAAGCAUCAGUUGCAGAAACAGAAAUGGAAGCAUUGCCAAACAUAGAGCUAUGUCCUUCAAACAACCUCCACUUUCAGUACAACUGUGACACUAUGGAGCAGCAGCAGGUUACAUGUGAUGUUCCUGAUAAAGAUAUUGACGAGCCUCACUUUAAUGAAGGAGAAGGGGAGUUUGUCCUGUCAGAGAAUAAUUUUUCUUUGAUAUUAGAAGGGGAUGAAGAGGCUGAGGUAGAAAACUCUGCUGCAUUGGAUACUUCUCUUAUAUCACAUAAAUCAAAAGUAGAUGGUCAAGACACAAGCAUUGCUGAAAACAAUAACCAGGAAUGUCUCACCAAUACAGUAUCCACAGUAACUAGUGAUGUGAUUUCUCAAAGUACUGCUGAAGUAUUGCCGUAUGUCCCUGAACCUAUUCAGGCGGCUAUUGCCGAAAACCUUUUAGAUGUAAUAAAGGACACAAGAAGUAAAGAACUUUCCAAUGAAGCAGUAGAACAAUUUGAUCAUGAAAGCAUAAGCAAGAAGGUGUCAAGUUCCCCCCAGUCUCCCUUUGAGAAAAAGCAAGUUACAGAAUUGAGCCAAGUGGAAGGUUUGGUGGUAUCUGAUGCCUGCACAACAGAGCAAAUGACACAAAGCCCGAAUGUCCCAUUGCCUGAUGACCAACCACUGACAGAGACUAAUAAAGUAAAUGUUUUAGUACUGCCCACCCCAAGGAGGAGUUCUAGGCGAGCAAAGGAGACUCCAGACAUUCCUAAAAGACUCCCUCUUACCAGUUCUGAAGAAUCCCAAGAUCAGCAAACACCCCAGACUUCGACUGUUCCAAUAACAGAUGCCACCAAAGCAAAAGAUUUAGAAGAGUCAACAAAUGUUCAGACAGUUACACAGGAGUCUCAAGCAGCCAAGACUCCAAGAGGGAGGCCAAAAAAACAAAAAAAGCUUGCAUCAGAACUUCACAAAUAUUCCAAUGAGCAACCAUCUUCUGGUUACAGAAGAAGUUCUAGACAUACAACAAGCAUAACGGAUCAGGAAGGUAGUCAGUUUAUCAUUGAUCAUGCAAUACAGGUGACAGUAAAACCUAAAAGUGCAAAGAAACUAAAAGCCAUUGCUUUCCAGCUCACAGAAAAUGAAAUUUCAGAUCAGACAGUGGAAUCCAGUGAACAACUGCUAAGUCCCAAACCAAGUAGAAUGAGGUCAAGAAAGCACGAUAUACUGCAAGAAAUACCUGAGACCGAAAAAGAACCUGAGAAAUCAUCAUUGGCUACAUCGGUUAGAAGGGGCAGAAUGAGAAAGUCGAGUCUAUCAGAAGCAACUUCUGAACAUGAUGUACAGCCAGCUGUUCCACCUGAACAAGCAGGAAGACAAAACACAAGUGUAUCAGGAGAGGUUCCUGGUCAUGGAACUGAACUUAUUGAACAAACACCUAUACAACCCCGGAAAAGAGGCAGACCAAGAAAGAAUCCUUUGAUUGUUUCAGCAAAUUCGCAACUAGAUAUGUCUCUGUUAUCUCCUCCUCAAACAGAUUCUAAAACUUUUAUCACUCCUAGAAGAAACACCAGAAGUAGAGCAUUAAAUCAGUUAACAAGGGCAGAAACGUCACUGCCUCUACAGGAGUCUGUAGUGGACACUCCAAAGAGAAGAACUGCAAAGUCUGCGUCUCUGAGGAUAGAGGAAACAGAUGUAGAAAAAUCCCUUCCAGAAGAAUGUUCUGCCCAAUCAAGGAAAACAGUAACUCCAGCAAGGAAAACAGUAACUCCAGCAAGGAAAACAGUAAGUCCAGCAAGGAGUUCUGGAAGGAGACCGUCUAAGAUGACAUCAGUCAGAAAGAGGAGCCAACUCUCAUCUCUUUCUGAGGAAAGCACAGAAGAGGAGAAACACUUGCCACAGGGAACUAGUAAUCCAGAAGAACUUCAGUCUGCAGACAUGACCAAACUAAGGCUCAAUGAUACAGGGACAACUCUGGUACAGCAUGGCACUCACAGGACCAGAUACAAUAAAAAGAGUGUGGAUGAGAGCUUCUCUCUGGACGAGGCUUUCUAUUUUUCUCCACCUCUAACAAAGCUCACAGAAAAAUCGAAAGAUGAAAAAGCAGUGACUCCUAUGCAGCUCAAAACUUUAGAAGCAGGCUUGACUUCUCAGUUUGUCUUCUCACCUCCUGUUUUGAGAUCCAGGAAAAAACAAGCAUCCAGUAUUUCAAGGAUUGUGGAAGAAUUGGAACUACCAAUUAAGGAGGAAAAAGAUGCCAUCUCAAUAGAGUCAAUAGAAAAGCCAAAAAUAACAAGAAGCAGAGCUACAAAAUCAAAAGGGACAAAAAGAAGCAAAAACUUAAGAAAAGAAAGCAGUUGGUCUCCACCACCAAUGGAAAUACAGUUCAUUUCUCCUUUUGGCACCCCAAUAGAUGGAACAAAGAGCAAACAGAGAGAACCUUUGGACAAAGCAGAAAAAGCUGUUCGAAAGACUGUUCAUAAGAAAGAGAGGCGGCUGUCUAGCUAUCCAAAGCCAGUUGUUCGGAAGAAGAUGCUAUAACUUUUAUUUUUUAAUGUGUAAUAUAUACCAGAAUAGUGUGGAAUAUGAAGAAAUAAUCAUCUAAUUUGGAAGAUAAUUUAUAUAAAUUAUUGUAAAAUUUCAGAAAACGUAAAGGUCUUCAAUAAGUAACUCCAUAUGGAGUGUGAUUUCUUCAGUCAAUGCAGUUUUUCUAUUUUAUAAGACACUUCAUACAUUUAUAUAAUAUGUAAAUAUGUCUUAUUUUGGGAAUGUUAAAUAAAAAUGUAUACUUAACAAUGAUUAUUGAUUAUUUUCAAAGAAUCUGGGUCUGUGGGACAAACGAACCCGAAGUGGAUUUUAAUGACGGAUUGCCACUGUUGAUGCCUCUGUCAUGGGAGGCUAGCAUUUUUUAAAAAUAGUUUGCUCUUACAAGGUUUUUAAAAAUUAAAAUUUGGCAGUUUUAGUAUUUAUAGAAAAUGUUUUGACCAUCUGAGAACUGGUAAGAGUCAUCAGAAACAAAUCCUUCCUUUCCCAAUUGAACAUGUACUUUAUUGAAGUCAGAAUGUAAACAAUUGUAUUGAAGCUGUGCAAUAUUUUUUUGUAUUUGUCUUAACCUGGGAAAGCUGCUCCUCAGUUGAUAAAACAAAAUCUCACCUCAAA